GUGCCUCAGACACUGUAGCUCUUUUGCACCAUCUAGCGGCUGAAGGCCACAAAGUCAGCAGACAGAAGCUGCAGUUUGCCAGGGAAGAAGUCACGUUCCUUGGCCAUGUUGUCAGUGCAGAAGGUGGUGGCGGCACUCCCGCACCCAGCUGACGGCCAGCUACACUCGCUGGUUCCUGGGGAUUUCGUGCUGGUGAAGAGCUUUAAGCGGAAGCGGUGGAACCACGAGCGCUGGCUGGGCCCUUUCCAGGUCCUCCUGACCACGCAAACCGCAGCCAAGGUUGCUGAGCGAGCAACUUGGAUUCACGCAUCACACUGCAGGAGAGUUCCACCUCCGGACCAACACCCAGCGCCACCUGCAGAUCCUGAGGAGAACAGUGUGGAGUGAAAAUAGCGUCCCACUGCGACAGUAGCGUGCCAAGCUCCAACUUUUCGCCUCACCAUGGAGAAUCCCCGCCCCUGGCAUCCGUUCAGAGAGUUCGGCUGGCCCCUCAGAGGCACCACCUGCCUCCUUGUCAUCCUAUCCAUCGUCAUUGUGUUCCCCAUUCUCUGGAUGCUCGACCCCCCUCGUACUCCACCCCCCGCUGUUCCCUCAUCGGUCAACUCGACCCUGAAUGUCAUCUUCAGCCUGCCCUCCACACCGGCCGCUGAUCUCCCCCCCCGGGUCCUGCAUCGACAGAAGCGUUGGUGCAG